AAUAUUUUAAAGAACUUGAAGAAGAAUCUAUUCGAGAUAAUUUUGUUAUUAUUUAUGAAUUACUUGAUGAAAUGAUGGACUUUGGAUAUCCUCAAACCACUGAAACCAAAAUAUUACAAGAGUAUAUAACUCAAGAGUCGCAUAAACUGGAAAUUCAAGUUCGACCACCAAUGGCAGUAACAAACGCAGUUUCAUGGCGUUCGGAAGGCAUAAAAUAUCGAAAAAAUGAAGUUUUUUUGGAUGUUAUUGAAUCAGUAAAUUUAUUAGUCAAUUCAAACGGAAAUGUACUACGUAGUGAAAUUCUUGGAAUAAUUAAGAUGAAAUGCUACUUAAGUGGCAUGCCUGAGUUAAGACUUGGACUAAAUGACAAGGUCAUGUUUGAAAGUACUGGUCGGUCACCUUCUCGAGGGAAAGCCAUUGAAAUGGAAGAUGUGAAAUUCCAUCAAUGUGUUCGAUUGUCACGAUUUGAGAAUGAUCGUACCAUUUCAUUUAUACCUCCCGAUGGAGAAUUUGAAUUAAUGAGCUAUCGAUUAAAUACACAGGUCAAGCCAUUGAUUUGGGUUGAAGCACUCGUGGAGAGUUAUACUGGUUCUAGAAUUGAAUAUAUGAUUAAAGCAAAAGCUCAAUUCAAACGACGCUCGACGGCAAACAACGUUGAAAUAUAUGUUCCUGUUCCUGAUGAUGCAGAUACACCAAAAUUCAGGAGUAGUAUCGGUUCUGUUAAUUACGCUCCUGAGAAGUCUUGUCUUGUUUGGAAAAUCAAACAAUUCCAGGGUGGUAAAGAAUUUUUAAUGCUGGAUGACCCCGAUAAAAAACCACCAAUUGGCGUCAAAUUUGAAAUACCAUAUUUUACCACAUCUGGAAUUCAAGUUCGCUACUUGAAAAUUGUUGAAAAGAGUGGUUAUCAAGCAUUGCCUUGGGCUUUCUUUCUAGCAAAUGUGUCUUUAGACUCCGAAGUUCCAGAUACUGCAAUGUCUUCUAAAGUAUCUCGCUCAACCUCUGUAGUAAUGACAAACAAUUAUAAUACACCACAACCUUCUCAUGUUGAUUUUUUAUCUUCCACUCCGUCAAGUGUUACUCGUGUUUUGACUUAUACUUCUCCACUUGUGCAUGUGUUCUCUUACUUUUUAUCUUUACUCUCAUGGUCAACGAAAAGCCCCUCGGAAUCAUGCUUACUUGUGGCUGCUUGGUGGACCAUUUGCCUUUAUCCCAAAGAGUUAAUAGUUUACGGUAUUCACCUAGGUUUAAUUUCUUGGAUCAGUUGGAACUGGGUUGAAAGAGGAAAAAGUGAAAGACUAGGAAAAUCUAGUUGUACUUCGUUAGCGACUUCACAACUAGAUCUUAAUAGGACU